UUCACUUUGAGACGGAGCAUCGAAGCAGCAGCAGCUAAAAUGUUCUGGUUCAAAAAGUUGUGGUGUUGUAGCGCCCUGUCUGACGACGAGGAGCCGCACAGACCCAAACCUGAGAAGAAGGAGAAGAAGAAGAAAUGGUGGCAGAGACGCAAAAAGAAGGAGAGGCAGAAGGAGAUGACCGUGGAGAAAAAUCAGAUGGUGGGAAAUGAGGAGAACGCAGGGAUGAUUACCCAGGUUCUGCAGGACCAAGGGCAGGAACCAGAGGUACAGGUGGUACAGAUGGAAGAAAGAAACCAGGUGGAGCCGAGCAUGGAGGAGAAGAACAUGGAGGAGAAGAACACAGAGAAGCAGAACCUGGUUAUAGAAGAGAUUGAAGCAGAUCCACUUCAGGCUGUUCUGGAGAAGAUCUUCAGGUCCUCUGAUGAAGUGGUGCAGCAACAGAACGUCCAGGAUGAACACAUUCUGAUUGCUCCCACAUUCAUAAUCCAACCUGAAGAGCAUGGGGGACUGAUAGAGACCACGGUAGAGAAUGAAGCCCCAGUGUCCCCGGUCUACAUGCUGAAAAUGAAAAGAACGAGCCGCUGGACCGUGCACCCUGUACUGGUGCUGCCAUCCUCAAAAUACAUCUCAUCAGCUCUGCUGUGUUCUGCAGCGCUGUGGCGUCCUUCAGAACGUCCUCGCUCCACAGGGAUCAUUCCUCCUGAUCAUCUGGAGAAAAUGAAAUGAAAAACCUCCGAAUGACAGAACGAUUAAAAAAUUAUUAAAAAAUAAA